AUGUCCGACACCACCGCGACGACAAACAUCAGCCACCGCAACGUCGUGCCCUCCGACGUCGGCUGGCAGUUCGUCCCCCAGUACUACACCUUCGUCAACAAGGAGCCCGAGCGCCUCCACUGCUUCUACACGAAAAGAUCAACCUUCAUCCACGGCACGGAGGGCGAGGACGGCAAGCCGUGUCACGGUCAGCAGGAAAUCCACCAAAAAAUCACGUCCAUCGGCUUCAAGGACUGCAAGGUUUUCAUCCACUCGGUCGAUGCGCAGAGCUCGGCGGACGGCGGCAUCAUCAUCCAGGUCAUCGGCGAAAUGUCAAAUCAGGGCGAGCCAUGGCGCAAAUUCGUCCAGACGUUCUUCCUCGCCGAGCAGCCUAACGGCUACUUCGUUCUCAACGAUAUCUUCCGCUUCCUGAAGGAAGAUACCGUCGAGGGUGACGAGGCCGCUACCGAUGCGCAGGAGGAGUAUGCCUCCGAAUCCGCCGUGCCUGCUGCUCCCGAGGAGCCUGCCAGGCAGCCCACGCCCCCGCCGGCGCGCGAACCCACCCCGCCUCCUCCCCCUCCGGCCCGUGAACCGACCCCGCCGCCUCCUCCUCCGCGUGAGCCGACGCCCCCUCCUCAGCCCGAGCCCUCACCCGCUCCUGCGCCUGCUGCCGCCCCGGAGCCUGAGCCGACGGUGAAAAUCCCGACGCCUCAGCCUCCCGCGGCUGCUCCUCCUGCUGCUGCGCCACAAACCAACGGUACGGCGCCCCAGGCUGCCAAACCCGCGGAGAAGCCGGCUGCACCUGCACAAGCACCCGCCGCGCCUGAGCCCGUCAAGCCCGCGCAGCCUCGCACCUGGGCGAACCUCGCCGCCACCAACUCCAAGAAAUGGGGCGCGGCUGUCGCCCAGGAGCGCGUCGGCACGUCUGAGGCACCGCCCUCGCCUGCACCGUCGACUCCGCGCACGCCGCCUGUCCAGCGUCCGCCGCCCCAGCAGCAGCAGCAACAGGCUCAGGCGAUCAACUCCACCGCGGUCUUCAUCAAGGGUGUUACGGAACCCAUCUCGCACACCGCGCUCGCCAACCUCUUGAACACCCGGUACGGCAAGACGAAGGAGAUUGACAUCGUGCGCAACAAGGCUUGCGCCUUCGUCGAGUUCGAGACCGUCGACUCCGCGCGUAAGGCCAUCCGCGACUCGGCUACCGGUGGUGGCACUGGCAAUGGCACCGGUGUCUACAUCGACGUUCCGGGCAGCGAGACCGGCCAGCUCCGCAUCGUCAUCGAGACGAAGAAGGAGCGCGGCGACCGCCCGCCCCCGCAGCCGCAUUCGGGCACGCAGCCUGGCGGCCCGGGUCGCGGUCGCGGAGGCUUCCGCGGCGGUGACCGUGGUGGAUCCAUGCGCGGUCGCGGUGGCCCUCCCCGUGGCGGUCCCCCGAAGUAA